UCACCUUAGCCACGUCGUGUCGAGCUCCGCGAUGCUUCGCCUUGAGCUUCAAGCUGUACCACACAGUCGGCCUGGCAGGUGCUCACUUCGCCAGAUCCGCAGCCAGGGACCUUGUCGAUCUUGUCGCCACCUGCCUGGCGUGAAAGCUGUGGGAGCCGUGGGCCUCGUUGCCGUGGCCAGGGCAACCUGCCGUGUCGCUCGUGCUGCGCGCAAGGAGUACAAGGAAUCAUGGCGGAGAAGGAAGAAUUCGCAACUCUACAGAGAACUGGAGGAAGGCAUGGAGAGCGCACAGCCAAGACGACGCAAGCCAGAGGUGUUGGCUCCAGCCGGUGGCUGGCCACAGCUUCGCGCUGCCGUUCGGGCAGGGGCAGAUGCGGUUUACUUUGGUUUGGAUGUUGGGCUGAAUGCAAGGGCCCGUGCAGCGAACUUUACUACCGAAGAACUGCCAGAGGUCAUGAAGUUCUUGCACAGCCAUGGCGUGAAGGCUUACGUGACUCUGAAUACUUUGGUCUUUGACCAUGAGCUCUUCGACAGCAGCGACAUGCGAGCUGGAAGUGGUUCAGCCAUUGAUGCUCUGCGAGUGGUCUCUGAAGCCAAGGUUGAUGCAUUGAUUGUCCAAGACAUUGGCUUAGCUUUGGUAUGUCGUGAGUUGUGCCCCCAAAUCUCUGUUCAUGCUUCGACGCAGAUGUCAAUCACAUCAGCACCUGGUGCGUUGUUCGCGGAGCGUUUGGGCGCUGAUCGUGUAGUCCUUGGUCGCGAGUUGAGCAUCAAAGAAAUUGCAUCAGUUGCAGCAGACGUGGGGGAUUUGGAGGUUGAGGUCUUUGUGCAUGGUGCCCUGUGCGUUUCCUACAGCGGCCAGUGCUUCUCCUCUGAAGCCUGGGGUGGCCGCUCCGCAAACCGUGGGCAAUGUGCGCAAGCGUGUCGAUUGCCAUAUGGUUUGGUGAAGGAUGGAGAAUUGAUCGAUUUGGGUGAUGCAGUGCGCUACUUGCUGUCCCCACAGGACCUCAUGGCCUUGGACUACGUGCCAGCCUUGAUCGAUGCGGGCGUUGGUUGCUUCAAGAUUGAGGGGCGGCUCAAGGGUGAGGAGUACGUGGCCUUGACAACAGCCGCAUACCGCCAAGCCAUAGAUCAAGCCUGGGAUGCCACAGCCACAGCAUGGGAGGAGACACCCGCAGCACAGCUGUUGGCAGAGCCACAGACUGCCCGCACUGCGCUGGCGCAGCUCUUCGCACGAGGGCAGGACGAAGAGCACGAUGGACUUUCGCCUGGAUUCUUGGAAGGUCCCCAGCACCAACGGCUUGUUCGUGGCAUUGCACCAAAGCAUCGGGGUGUUUUGGUGGGCACCGUGUGUGCAGUGCAGAGUGCCACGGCAUCCUUUGCAUUGAAGCUGGCUCCUGGUGCUGUCAACGUGCCCUUGCGACCAGGCGCUGGCAUUUUCUUCGAUCAAAAUGUUGGGCUCGGAGAAGAUGCUGAUGUUCUAGGAGGAAAAGUCGCAAAACUUCGGAAAUCUGGCGCGGGUGGUGUGCUUGCUUCGAGCGCUGAGCUUCAAAGCGGCGACAUGCUUUUGGUUCGUUUGGAUUUCGGAGGGAAGGAGCGGAGUCGACGCAUGGAAGAGGUGAAAGUAGGAGAUUUGGUGUGGAGAAACAAAGACGAGAUGCUUGAAGAGCAGGUCAAAGAGCUCUCAUUGGUGAACCAGUUCAUCUUCGAGCAUCUGCCAGAGCCGGAAGCCGAACGCUUCGAGGAGCUGCAGCCGGGCCAUCCUGCCACCAUGGCACGGCUGCAGCGCCUCGUUGGCAGCGCCGGCAACACGUUGGGCCAGGUGCUGCCAGCGACGCUCCCGCGGCUCACGGUGCUGUGCCGCACCGCGCAGCAGGCGGAGGCCGUGUUGCGGCUGCCACCAGGCAUGGUCUAUGAACUCCAACUGGAUUUCCUCGAAGCCCAGGGCCUCCAUGAGUCAGUGCAAAGGGCACGAGCAGCCCAGCAGCGUGUGGCCGUGUGCCUCCCAAGAAUUUUGAAGCCCAACGAGGACCGCUUGUGGCAAUUCUAUCAGCGCCUGGAAGCGGAUGCCAUGUUGGUCCGCAGUUGUGGCGCCCUGAACCAGCUGCUGAGCAGCGAGAGCAAGACGGAUGCAGAACUCAUUGGGGACUUCAGCCUCAAUGCCGCCAACGCAGUCACCGCCGCCUUUUUUCUGGGCGUUGGAUUGGAUCGACUGACGCCGAGCCACGAUUUGAGUGCUCAGCAGAUUUGCCAAUUGGCAAAGAGACUGGGACCAGAGCGGGCCGCAAAGUUGGAGGUGGUUGCGCACCAGCACCUGCCCAUUUUUCACACAGAGCACUGCGUGUUCUGUCGCUUCCUGAGCAAUGGCAACGACUACACAGAUUGUGGGCACCCAUGUGAGCGCCACAACUUGCACUUGAGGGAUUCAAAUGGAAAGGACCACAAGGUGGUGGCUGACAUGGGCUGCCGCAACACCGUCUUCAACGCCAAAGCUCAGUCUGCAGCCAUGGACCUGGCAGCCUUUGCCUCAGCACAGGUGGGAUUCUUCCGCCUGGAGCUGGUGGAUGAAGUGCCGGAAGCCGUGGAGACCUUGGUGCGGCGCUACCACUCAGCUGCUUCGGGACGCCUUCCUGCAGAGAAGUUGUGGAGCUAUGUGGCCAGCUUGAGUGACUCCAAUGGUCGUCGCCAGGGCGUAGAGCGAGGCUCCCUAGACGAUUCCACGUGGCGAGAACAAGACUUUCGGGAAAUGAAGGUGACAGCAGCCUCACGAGCAAGUAGAUAGUUGAGAGUGCUGACCAUAGUCCUGGUACCCGUACUCUCCGAAAGCACUGCUGGUAGGUUCACAUUUUGGAUCAUGACCAGCGCAGGAAAUCGUAGAAUGGGGCUCUUGUCAGUGAAAGUCAUUCGUGGACCUUGCGCCGCACCAAGCAACUGGCUUGUUGUGCGAGACCCGGCAGACCGACACGUCGCCAGAAAAGGGAAA